CCUGCGCCGCCCGGCCGGGGGCGCUCCGUGAGGUGCCGGUUCCUCCCGCCGCGGGGGCCGCGCCGCCACCACCAAGCGUGUGAGGGGCGGGCGGCGGCAAGCGGGGAGAGCGGGUCGAUGGAGCACAACCACCUUCACCUCCACAACGGCUCCCUCCUGGCGCACCACCGCUAUGGCUGCGGCUUGGGGUACGCGCCCGUCGUCUACUACAGCCUGCUGCUAUGCCUCGGGCUGCCAGCAAACAUCUUGACAGUCAUCAUCCUUUCCCAGCUCGUGGCUCGCAGGCAGAAGUCCUCCUAUAACUAUCUUCUAGCUCUAGCUGCUGCUGACAUCCUGGUUCUCUUCUUCAUCGUCUUUGUUGACUUCCUCAUGGAAGAUUUCAUCUUAAAUAAACAGAUGCCUCAGGUACUGGACAAAAUAAUUGAGGUCUUGGAAUUUUCUUCCAUCCAUACCUCCAUUUGGAUUACUGUUCCACUAACCAUCGAUAGGUAUAUAGCUGUGUGCCAUCCACUUAAGUAUCAUACAGUCUCCUAUCCUGCUCGCACUCGAAAAGUAAUUGUAAGUGUCUACAUCACCUGCUUUUUGACCAGCAUUCCCUACUACUGGUGGCCCAACAUUUGGAUUGAAGACUACAUAAGCACAUCAAUGCAUCAUGUCCUCAUCUGGAUCCACUGCUUUACAGUUUACUUAGUGCCCUGCUCCAUCUUCUUCAUCCUUAAUUCGAUCAUCGUGUACAAGCUGCGACGGAAGAGUAAUUUCCGACUGCGAGGGUACUCCACAGGGAAAACAACAGCCAUUUUGUUUACUAUAACUUCUAUUUUUGCCAUACUUUGGGCACCAAGAAUAAUCAUGAUACUGUAUCACCUCUAUGUAUCACCUAUAAACAACAGCUGGGUGGUACAUAUUGUGUCAGACAUUGCCAAUAUGCUAGCUUUGCUAAACACUGCAAUUAAUUUCUUCCUCUACUGUUUUAUUAGCAAAAGAUUUCGCACAAUGGCAGCUGCCACACUGAAAGCCUUCUUUAAGUGUCAGAAGCAACCUGUGCAAUUCUAUACAAACCAUAACUUUUCAAUAACAAGCAGCCCUUGGAUUUCCCCGGCCAACUCUCAUUGCAUCAAAAUGCUUGUUUACCAGUAUGAUAAGAAUGGAAAGCCUAUAAAAAUAUCACCAUGAAGAGGGCAAUAGCUGGAGUUUCCAUGUGCAAGUUCUUUACAAGUGGUUACAUCUUCAGGAUGUAAUCUGCUGAAAUGGCUGUUUUAAAGAGUGGUCAUUUGAUUUCAUUUCCCUGGGAGGCUGAGGGCAGAUGAGACUGUUAGGAGGGAACAGGAGCACUUGAUUUAGGAGCAAGAUCGAGAAGGCAAACGCCUCCGUCUCCUACAUAGCAUUUUGAAUAUGCUUCAGAGUUCAAUUCUUAGUGUUCAGUCGCACUCAAAUGUUUUGCAUCCAAACACCAGUGCAGUCCAAAGUCUUUGGAGGGGGAAACCCACAACAGUGUUUAAUUAAGACCUUUCAAAACCACCACCAAAGUCUUACUUGACCAUGUAGUUCACCAUCGACAGAGCGAAUGGAUGCUUUUAAGCACUGUGGAAGGUGCCAUUUCUGUUGCGUGCACUUGCCAAAAAUGUGUUCUUUCUGACAUGAAAUACCGCCACACAGACUUGCUGUCAAGACCUUUUGGCAGGAGGCAGUCUCUGAGACACGAACUGUGACAAGCCCUUUUUAGCUCAUUUGAGCAAGCUCAAGGACCAAUAUAUGGCCUGUUACAGCCUUGGCACGGAAAGCAACCCUGCAAGCUGCCAGUGUUCAUAUGUUUUAAGUUAUUUGAGAUGUGACCAAGACAGGGGAGCUUGAGGGAGGGAGGUUUCUAGAGCCAAGAACAAAAGCAGCAUAUUUUCCCAGCUAUUUCAAUUAAGGUGUCUAAAGACUUUCAAGUGUGAGGCCAAAUCCUGCCUGAUGCAGAGCUCCCACAGAAGCUGGUCCUGCGAGGUUUGGAGUGAUUACAGCACUCGGAUUCCUUGUUAACCAGUGAAGAUUCUCAGUUAUCCCCCAUGUUCAGGCCUUUAGGGAAUAUAUAUAUUUAAAACCUCAACCUAAGAUUUUUUUUCCUGACAGGUUAUACCAUCCUAUUGCAGAUUUGCAAUUUAAUUGUUAACAGACUAUUUGUGAAAGAAAUCCAUUAAAUCCGUUAAAUACUCAACAGUAAAAGCAUAGAUCAGUUUCAAAUAUUUACCUUAUUUAAAGCAGCUUAACUUCUCUUCCUCCACACUCAAAAACCAGCAUCCCAGCAAUGCUGGGUGUAGAAAAUGAGAUUUACAGAAAGGCUGAAAGGGCAUUUCUUUUAUCUCCUUUUUAGAUCUUGGCAUGUGGUCUCUCAGAAUCACGUACCCCAGGUUUUUACUUAUAAUUGGGCACUUCGUACAGCCUUACUGACCGGGAGGGCAGACUUCCUUGCAUGGUGAACACAAGCACAAUUUGGUCAGUGAACACAGCAGCUUCUCAGUAACUGCAAACGAAACACAGCUCGGUGCUAGCAGUGUGUUUGUGUCUGUGCCCAUCUCCAUUACCAGCAGGGAGCUCACGGUGCAUCUAGGACUAACACAGUGACAUCCCCCAAGGAGGGAUCCAGUCUAUUCUGCUUUGGUGGGAUCUGAGGGCUGAAGGCAUCCCUCCACAACCUGGGUAGCUCAACUUUGGUGCACUAUCACAUCCUAAGAAAUCUGCAGAAGUCCUGCUGAGGACAACAGCCUGGUUUCCUUCUGCCAUGCGUUUGCACACCUACUCCUACUGGCAUCC